CGCGCGCCCUGCUUGGUGACGCAGUUUGAGAGCGACAGUGUUGGAGUUCGGUUGUCACUCAGAACCAGAACCUUCCCUGCUGAUAUUCUGACUGUAUCUGCUGCAGUUUCAGCGUUUGGAUGUUUUCAGCUCCGACACAAAGAACCACACACUUUCCGUAGAUCUGAGUGGAUCAGAGAUGCAGUCUGGAUCAGUUCCUCCUGAACCUGGACCGAAAUCUGUCAGAAGAUCUCCUCGUCUGUCCCCCCAGGUAAACAGUGAAACUGAGCAGCAAAGAGGAGGCAACCUGCAGGAGGCCAAGAGGAGAGGGAGAAAGAAGAUGCUGGAGAGGAGCAGAGAGGAGGAUCUGAGCGACCACCUGAAGACGCUGGAUCUGUCCAGCAGCUCAGCUGUGGGUUCUGGAACUGGUCUUGUUUACUCUGAGAAGUUCACCGUCCACCAGAACCAGUGGGACUCCAGCCAUCCAGAGUGUCCAGACCGGGUGACGUCCAUCAUGGCGGAGCUGGACAGACGGCAGCUGGUGUCCCGGUGCGUCCAGGUCCAGCCCAGAGAAGCUGCAGAAGAAGAGCUGCUGCUCGUUCACACGAAACGGUACGUGGACACCAUGAGGUCGACUCAGAUGAUGACGCAGACGGAACUCCAGACUCUGUCCAACAAAUACGACUCCGUCUACCUCCAUCCUGAUUCCUUCCAGGUGUGUGCGCUGGCGGUCGGGUCGGUUCUGCAGCUGGUCGAUCAGGUUCUGACCUCAGAACUCAGGAACGGAUUUGCUGUUAUCAGACCUCCAGGUCAUCACGCCCAGAUGGAAGAGGCCAACGGUUUCUGUAUCUUCAACAACGUAGCGAUUGCAGCUCGAUACGCUCAGAGGAAACAUGCAGUCAGCAGAGUGCUGAUCGUGGACUGGGAUGUCCAUCAUGGUCAGGGUAUCCAGUACCUGUUCCAGGAGGAUCCCAGUGUCCUAUACUUCAGUGUCCACAGGUAUGAACUCGGGUCUUUCUGGCCUCACCUGUCAGAGUCUGACAGCAAUUUUGUGGGCAGUGGACGAGCAAAAGGAAGAAACAUCAAUGUUCCCUGGAACAAGACGGAGAUGACUGAUGCUGAUUACAUCGCUGCUUUCUACCACGUCCUGCUGCCAGUGGCCUAUGAAUUCCAGCCUCAGCUCGUUCUGGUCUGUGCUGGAUUUGACGCUGCAGUUGGAGAUCCGAAGGGCGAGAUGUGUGUGAGUCCUCAGUGUUUCCAUGUUCUCACUCACAUGUUGAUGAGUUUGGCUGAGGGUCGACUGGUCCUCGCUCUGGAGGGAGGUUAUAACCUGCAGGCUACAGCAGAGGGCGCUGCAGCCUGUGUUGCAGCUCUGCUGGGCGGAGCUUGUCCUCAACUGAAUCCACACACUGCUCCGUCUGACAGCGCUCUGCAGUCCAUCUCUCAGACGGUCACGGCUCUGUAUCCACACUGGGCCUCCCUACAAGUCCAUGAAUGCAACCCAUUGGCGGAGGGACAUGUCAUCAGAGAAACUACCAAGGAGAUGGAUAAGAAGCCUGGUCUUGCUUCCUCUGUUGCUGUGGUAACAGGUCUGGUUUAUGAUGAGAGGAUGAUGGAACACUUGAACAUGUGGGACAGACAUCACCCUGAACAGCCUCAGAGAAUCUCUAAGAUCUUCUCCAAACAUCAGCAGCUGGGCUUAGUUGAUCGUUGCCGGCGGAUACCAGCCCGCUUGGCGACAGAGGAGGAACUGUCCAUGUGUCACAGCAUGCAGCACAUCAAGCAGAUGAAGGCCACGGCGGCCAUGAAGCCCAGAGAGCUGCACAAACUGGGGGACGAGUUCAACUCCAUCUACAUCAACAACCAGAGCUUCCAGUCUGCCCAGCUGGCUGCUGGGGGUUGCUUCAGCGCCGUGGACAGCAUCCUGGGAGGACAGGUGAGUAACGGCGUGGCCAUUGUCCGUCCACCUGGUCACCACGCUGAGACGGAUGCUCCCUGUGGGUUCUGUUUUUUCAACACAGCGGCACUCGCCGCUCGCUACGCCCAGAAAAUCUCCCAUGAUCCUCUGCUGCGAGUCCUGAUCCUGGACUGGGACGUUCACCAUGGCAACGGGACUCAGCACAUGUUUGAGGACGAUGACAGCGUUCUGUACGUUUCCCUCCAUCGCUACGACAAUGCUACUUUCUUCCCGUCUUCAGAGGAUGCCGCUGUUGACAGGGUGGGUGUGGCUAAGGGGGCGGGGUUUAAUGUCAACGUGGCAUGGAGUGGAGGGCGGAUGGGCGAUUCCGACUAUCUGGCUGCUUUCCACCACAUUGUCAUGCCGAUUGCUACCGAGUUUGACCCCGGUCUGGUUCUGGUGUCGGCUGGGUUUGAUGCUGCUCGGGGCGACCCGUUGGGUGGAUAUCUUGUGACCCCAGAGGGAUACGCCCACCUCACACACAUGCUGAUGUCACUGGCCGGAGGGCGUCUCCUGCUCAUCCUGGAGGGAGGCUAUAACUUGUCGUCCAUCUCGGACUCCAUGACGAUGUGCACCAGUGUGUUGCUUGGAGACCCUCCUCCAUCUUUAGCACGGCCCCUCCUCCCUCCUCACCGCAGCGCCGUGGCAACGAUCAACGAGGUCAUCCGUCAUCACGCUCCCUACUGGAGGACCCUGAAGAUACACAUUCCACAGUCGGUGCUAGCCGCUCUGCCGUCCCCAAAGCAUCGUGGGAAACGUAGUUCGAAAGGAACCAGCAGGAAGUCGGAGCAGAACGCCGCCAACAGACCGCCGUCUGCAGACGCCAUGGUAACACACGGAGCUUCCCGUCAGAGAACAGGUGACCCCGUAAGUGUGGCUGUUUUGUCCAAUCAGGCGCAGUGCAGUCUGGAGCAGCUCACGCAGGGAUUAGCCUGUUUGGACAUCAGUCAGAUCUCAGCUACGUCCACGCCGGUGGGCGGGGCCAGGCCAAAGGUCCGCUUGAGCCCGGAAGGGGAGCCUGGUGAUGUCACACCUGAGCUCAGCCAAUCAGCAGAGCUACCUCAGAAGAUCACCGUGACAACGCCACAGUUAGUCGCUGCUGGAGACAAAGCUGCAGAAGGAGAGGGGGCGGAGCCAGAGACAGAGGGAGCUUGUGGUUGGUCGAAGCCUCAGACAUCUCUGGAGCUGUCCACUCUGUAUGUGGUCGACCUGCCGUGGUGUCCUCACCUGGACGCCGUGAAGCCCCUCCCACCUUCAGGUGUGGAUGUCCUCCUGCCGUGUGAGGACUGCGGCUCUGAUGCUGAGAACUGGAUCUGUCUCACCUGUUACCAGGUGUUCUGUGGUCGCUACGUCAACGAGCACAUGGUGUCUCACGGCGUCGUCUCCCAACACCCAAUGGUGCUGAGCUUCUCUGACCUGUCAGUGUGGUGCUACCUGUGUGAGGCGUACGUCCACAACCAGAUCCUGUUGGAGGCUAAAAACGCUGCUCACUGUGCCAAGUUUGGAGAAGAGAUUCCAACGUGGAGCUGAAGCCUCGCCGUCUCCACGGUGAUAGAUGGUUCAGGGCGUUGCCAUGGAUACCAGCAUCAGCGGUGCUUCGUGGGAAAUCCAGCGACGUCGUACGCCGUCCCACAGCUGCCAAAACACUCCUGUUAAAAACCGGUCUUUAUCUCCUCAUCAUCAGUUUGACAGAAAAUGUGACGAAUCACCAGCAGAAGGACAACAAACAAACAAACAACAACAACAACAACAAAUGCUGCUGUCUGUGUUUAACGUGAAGAAACAAACUGAAUUUUCAUUUUCCUGAAACGAGGCUUAAAACUCCACAUUUGUGUGGAACAAACAAAAAGAGAAUUUUAUAGAAGUUGAAACAUUUUUAAAACUUGUUCUCCAAUAAUAAAAUCCUGCAGCGAUCAGUUGAUCAGCAGGAAGCAGGUUUAUUGAUCGUCCUUAUGUUGGUUCUGAAAUGUUGAAGAGCUGAUUCCAUCCAAUAAAUCAUUGAUUGAUUGGUGUUGGUAUUGAUUAAAGGAGCUCGGUGCCAUAAGA